AUGAAUCCCCAGCUCUCUUCAUCCUUGCUCCUUCUCGAUGGGGUGAUUAUGCAAAAUGUCAAAGGAGCCAUUAACUCCCUUGCUGCUGAUCUGAAUUGCAUUGGUGGUGAUGCUAACUGCCAAAAGCAGAAACAGAGCAAUGUUGAAGCUGGUACAUGGAGCCAAGUGGCCAACCAUAACAAAGAGAAAGCAGUUAUUGAAACCACAAUCAUUGAUAUGCCAAUUGUGGAGAUAGUACCAACCAAGGUCCCAUUCACCCCUCAGAUUGCUGAAUGCUCUACUCCAAAGACUCCCCCCACCUCUGCACAUCUAGCUAAUGAGACAUUGGAUACCACACAGCUGGUAGACAAUUUGGUAACCUUUAUAAACACUAUUGCUUCUCCAUUUACUGAUUGUAAUGCCUUGUUUCCCUCUUCCAAUAAAUUUCUGGGCUAAAAAUGGAAGAAGAUCAGUUAAUUGUUGAAAUUUCUCCCCAUUAGUCUUCUAUCUGUGGAAAAUUAAAGGAAAAGGAUUGUGUUAUUGAAACAUCAGAGGUUAAUACCAGCAACACAACACUGGAUAACACCAAAAAGAGAAAAGAGGAAAAAAAAGGCCUCUGAGCAGAGUAAACGUAAGGGAAUUGAGCACCUUAAGCUCAGCCAAGCACUAUUACAAUGAUAAAAGUUGCGUGUUGGAAUAUUAGAGGGCUAAAUAAAGCCUUUAGACAAGAUGAAAUGAGGAAGUUUAUUGGUGUUAAUCAGCUUGAUUUUGUUAGCAUUUUGGAAACAAGGGUAAGACCAUUAAUAAAAGUUUCAUUAUGAGACAAGUGUUUAGGAACUGAAGCUAUGUGGACAACUAUAACUGCCAUACGUUGGGUAGGAUUUGGGUGGGGUGGAAUCCCAAUACCUUGAAUGCUAGUAAAAUUUUUGAGACAGAGCAGA